AGAAAGACUGCUCUCGGCGGUUGUGCUUUUGUUAGUUCUACAGAAGAGGGAGAGAAACAAGAGAUAACAAAGGCUCCGUUUCCUUUCUGUGAGAGAAGGCUUUUGUCUUUCUGCAACGAUGUCAGUGUCUGGCAAGAAAGAGUUUGAUGUGAAACAGAUCUUAAGACUACGCUGGAGGUGGUUUAGUCAUCCUUCUCAAGGUUCGCCCAACACUGGAAACUGCCUUCAGCAGGAAGGAUAUGAGCAUAGAGGGACCCCGGUUCAGGGCAGAUUGAAGAACCACUCUCGGGACAGAAACGGACUGAAGAAAAGCAACAGUCCUGUCCACCACAACAUACUGGUACCAGUGCCAGGGCCAUCCCCUGCCCAUCAAAGAGCCCUUCAGAAUUGGCACCCACUAAACCUGAUAGAACAUCUUCGAGCAAAUGAAGAUACUCCUAAAGCUGUUCCAGAGGAGAAUUUGUUCAAAGAAGCCUGUGAGAAACACUCACAAGAUUUGGAGAUGAUGGCUGAUGACACUACAGACGAUUCUCCAGCAAGAUUAGAUACACAACGUCCUGAAGAAAUGAAUGCCAACACGUCUGAGGAGCAGUUCCUUGCUGUAAACCAUGCAGAGCAAACUCUCCAUAAAAUGGAGAACUACUUGAAAGAGAAACAACUCUGUGAUGUGCUACUCAUUGCUGGACACCUUCGAAUCCCAGCCCAUCGGUUGGUUCUCAGUGCAGUGUCUGAUUAUUUUGCUGCAAUGUUUACUAAUGAUGUGCUUGAAGCCAAACAAGAAGAGGUCAGGAUGGAAGGAGUCGAUCCUAAUGCACUUAAUUCUUUGGUGCAGUAUGCCUACACAGGUGUCCUGCAAUUGAAAGAAGAUACUAUUGAAAAUUUGCUGGCUGCAGCUUGUCUCCUGCAGCUGACUCAAGUCAUUGAAGUCUGCUCCAAUUUUCUCAUAAAGCAACUCCAUCCUUCAAACUGCUUAGGGAUUCGAUCAUUUGGAGAUGCCCAGGGUUGUAUGGAGCUCCUGAAUGUGGCACAUAAGUAUACAAUGGAACACUUCCUCGAGGUAAUAAAGAACCAAGAAUUCCUCCUGCUUCCAGCCAAUGAAAUUUCAAAACUUCUGUGCAGUGAUGACAUUAACGUGCCUGAUGAAGAAACCAUUUUCCAUGCUUUAAUGGAGUGGGUGGGACAUGAUGUGCAGACUAGGCAACGAGACCUAGCGAUGCUGCUUUCUUACAUCAGACUGCCUUUACUUCCACCACAGUUACUGGCAGAUCUUGAAAACAACUCCCUGUUUACUGGUGAUCUUGAGUGUCAGAAGCUCCUGAUGGAAGCUAUGAAGUAUCAUCUCUUACCUGAGAGAAGACCUAUGAUGCAGAGCCCUCGGACGAAGCCUAGAAAAUCAACUGUGGGAGCACUUUAUGCUUUGGGAGGCAUGAAUGCUGUGAAAGGUACCACAACAAUUGAAAAAUAUGAUCUCAGGACCAACAGCUGGCUACAUAUUGGCACGAUGAGUGGCCGUAGGCUUCAGUUUGGAGUUGCAGUUAUUGAUAAUAAGCUCUAUGUUGUGGGAGGAAGAGAUGGUUUAAAAACUUUGAAUACUGUGGAAUGUUUUAAUCCAGUUGGCAAAGUCUGGACUGUGAUGCCUCCCAUGUCAACACACAGGCACGGCUUAGGUGUAGCCACACUUGAAGGACCAAUGUACGCUGUUGGUGGUCACGAUGGAUGGAGUUAUCUAAAUACUGUAGAAAGAUGGGACCCUGAGGGACGUCAGUGGAAUUACGUGGCCAGUAUGUCAUCUCUUAGAAGCACAGUUGGUGUUGUAGCAUUAAACAACAAGCUAUAUGCUAUUGGUGGACGUGAUGGAAGUUCCUGCCUUAAAUCAAUGGAAUGCUUUGACCCACACACUAACAAGUGGAGUCCAUGUUCUCCAAUGUCCAAAAGACGCGGAGGUGUGGGAGUUACAACAUACAAUGGAUUCUUAUAUGUUGUCGGGGGUCAUGAAGCCCCUGCCUCUAACCAUUGCUCCAAGCUUUCUGAUUGUGUGGAACGGUAUGAUCCAAAAAGUGAUUCAUGGUCAACUGUGGCGCCUCUGAGCGUUCCUCGAGAUGGUGUGGCUGUAUGUCCCCUUGGAGAAAAACUCUAUGUGGUUGGAGGAUAUGAUGGACAUGGUUAUGUGAACACCGUUGAGUCGUACGAUGCACAGAAAGAUGAAUGGAAAGAGGAAAUUCCUGUGAACAUUGGAAGAGCUGGUGCAUGUGUUGUGGUGAUGAAGCUACCAUAAAACUAUCUUUUUCAAAGGGAAGGAAACUGGAUAAUUUCAAGAAAUGGAGUAGGAAGAAAAAAAAGGAAGAACAAACUUGUUAUUUCCCUCAAUUAGUAAUUAAACAUGAAAAUUCUUGUGUCACUUUAAUAUGUAGUUACAACUGCUCUCAUUUGUGAAGCCAAAACAAGUUUUCAAACAUGAAUUACAUGUAAGUGUUAAAUGUGUGUGUUGUCAUAGCUGAUAAUAUAAAUGGAAAUCCAAUAGUCUAGCUUUAGCCUCAUUACUUUAACAUGUUAAAAUGGUUAAGGGAAAUUGAUAGUGGCCAAGGUAUGAAAGGUCAUAAAAACAUUGGUAAUUUUUAAGUUAAAAGUUUGAGAAGUUAAAAAUAUUUUAUGUUUCAGAAAAAAGGUACUCUAUUAUUAUCUGAAACAUAACUAAUAUAAAGAGAACAUCUAAGGUUUAAAAUAUAAAGUCUGAUUUUCAGUAAAACGUUAUUCUCUUGUUUAAACACUAUCCCAAAUAGCUGAAUAAUACCUCACGUUUACCAAGAGGAAAGCUUUCACUCUGUUGAGGCUAGAAAAACAACCAAACAAUAGCUCAUUGACACAGUUUGUUAUGCUGGUCACAGUAUGUUUAAAUUUUCACAGACUUACUCUUUUACAGUGCCAUCUUCCAAAGUACACAUAUAGAUUUGGUAUCCCUUAACAUGUUGUCUUGGUAAAUUUGCUACUCGUAAAAUAUUAUUAUAAUUUCCUAUACACAAUCUGUGCAGUCAAAUAGUGAAUAUCAUAUUUAUACAAACUGUGACCUCAGCUUUAGAGUGUCAGGGAUUCACUUUCUAGAAAAUAAUAGUCUCCUUAAACAUUUCAGUAAACUCUGUAAACACCUACCAUUAAAUUAAACGAGUUUUAAAACACAAAACAAUUUUUAAAGUGCAGUAAAAUUGAGAAGAUAUUCUAGAAUAUUAAUACACGAAAACACCAAAAUGUUCAAUAUCCAUGGUUAAUUCUAUAAUUAUCUUUUACGUACCAAUACAUGCUUUUCUGUUAAGGUAUACUCAUCCAGUAGAAAACAUGACGGAUAUAUCCACUACAAAAAACACACAAAAAAAAUGCUAGUUGGGUAUUAUUUUACUAUUAAAUUCUUGCUUCCGUUUAUUGCAUUAUAAAAAUAUUUAAGAUGGAAUGUUGAAAAAAUUUCUUUAUGAAAGUAAUUUUCAACUAAAUGUACGAUUUUAGAAUUUCUGUAAUAUGUUCUUUUAAACAGGCUUUGUAUUCUAGUAUGUAAAACCAACAAAUAAAAUCCAGAGAGACACAUAAAAUGUACUAUUACCUUUUAAGUUUUAAAAAAG